UGGUCCAGAGGGUGGUCCAGACUCCAGAUUCAUGAGGGAUGAUCUUCCUGAAUAUCUCUUCUGGUGGUAGUUUCCGAUAAGGAUCUGACACGAAGUGAGUUGCUUGUUCCGGUUCUCGUUCAGGAAAUGAAGUGAAAUUUGUGGAGUCGGCAAUAUAAUAAUUUUCAAUCCAAAUGAGAGACGAAAACUACAAAACGAUGAUGGAUGGCUCAGAUGAUUGUCGUGAAAUAUUACAAAUCAUCACGUCAUGUAACAACAUCGCUAAUAAAAGAAGAGAAAAACCAUGCACUAACGAGUCCUCUUCUCUAUCUCGAGAGGAAAGAAGACGAAGACGAAGAGCCACCCAAAAAUACCGCACAGCCCAUGCAACUCGAGAACGAAUUCGAGUAGAAGCAUUCAACGUUGCUUUUGCAGAAUUGAGAAAACUUCUUCCCACAUUGCCUCCAGACAAAAAACUCAGCAAAAUAGAAAUUUUGCGGCUAGCAAUUUGUUACAUUGCAUACUUGAAUCAUGUGUUAGAUGCCUGAGAAAAUAUUUUCUGUUGAAUUGUUAUCGAUGAGUUAUUUCUUUUACUGAAUAUUUUAUUAUUGUAUUUUCAUUUUUAUUUAUAGCAAGAAGUUGCAAUAUUUUAGGUUUGAAUGAAUGGUUCUUUUCUAGUCGAUUGAAAUUCCUCAAAAAUAUUGUGAAUUCUAAUAAAUCUACAUGUAAAAUGGACUGGAUUCAAACAAUAUGUUCCAAUGUUUACUCAAAAUAUUGUGAUAGAACAAUUUGUUUUAAAAUUGUUUUGAUUGAAUAAAUGUAUUUACAUAA